ACGGCAGCUUGGAAAGUAGACCAUGAAAUAAGAAUAUUUUUAGUUUUGUUGUGUACCUAGAGUUAUUUGCGAAAUCGAAAUCUCUUUCCAUUAAGGUUCAUACAUUUAUGUAAUCAGAAUGAACAGUAAGUCAGAAAGUCGAAUACCAGUGAUGAGCCCGUCUCCCCUUCGACGCUCAGGCUCUAUGCGGCUGGGCGGCUGCCCACCCAUUCAAGAACAUCGGAGCAAUACCAGCCACAGACCCGUGUUGAACAGGCACCGCAGUUUACAAUCGCUUAACACUGCGACGUCCUUCAGUCAUGACCUGGAGGACGAUGCUGCCUCCGUACAGAGCUUCAGCAGUGUCAGCGGGGCAAGCGUGUGCAGCAAUAUGUCUCAGUGUGAUCAUGCACACUUUGCACGCAACGGCACCACGUACAGCGGCCGCAGCAAACGCUACGUGUACCACUGCUCCCCCCACUCCAUGGAGACUGACGACUACCUCACACCUACGCAGCGGACCAACCGCACCAUCCGCAAACUCAGAAACCUGUUGAAAGAGGCACAAGAAGAGCUAGCAGACAAAGAUAGAGAGAUUCAGCGGCUGACCAAGGAGGUGUUGGAGUUGAAACUACUGAAGGCUGACAGUGGUGGCGAGGGGGAGGAGGUGGCAGUGGAACAAAGUAGCGGAGGGGGAGACGCUCAGCAACCACGGACACCUGGGUAUUCUUCCUCGCCGCCUCUGAUCCCGUCGUUGACAGACUCGGGACAUUUUGAAGAUCUCAACUCGUCCCAAAAUCUUCAGACUUACAUCAAUCAGAUAAAGACUCUGGAGUCCACCCUGGAAUCUCUACAUCGGCAACAUCAAGACGAGAUUAGAGAAUUGAAGGAGAAACACAACGACAAAGUCGACUCUCUCCUACAGCGUAUAACUGAUGUGAAUGAUAGGUACUACGCUCUGAGGCCCCUUUAUGAAGACUGUAAAGAAAAACUUCACGAGCUUGAAAAGCUGAAUGAUAAUCUCGAGAACGGAUCUAAUCACAAUUACGUAGCGAGAAUAACGGAACUAGAAAACCUAAACCAAACUCUGUCUUGUGAUAAACAAUUAUUGGUCGCCGAAUUAGCCAGUUUGAAUAAUGUCAAGGAGGAGUUGGUGGCGACAAAGGUGAAUCUUGACCAGUUGAGGGAAGAGAAUACACAGUUACAUAACAAGAAAGAGGAAUUGACCAAAGUAUUGGCCAAUAUGCAGGAGAAGAGUGAAGAAAAUACACAGUUUGGAAACCAGCAAGAGGAAUUAGCUAGGUUAUUGGUCAAAGUGCAGGAGAUGAGUGGAGAAAACACACAGUUAAGAAAUAAGCAUGAGGAAUUAACUAAAGUAUUGGCCAAUAUGCAAGAGUUGAGUGAAGAAAAUAUACAGUUACGAAACAAGCAGGAGGAAUUGACCAGGGUAUUGGCCAAUAUGCAGGAGAGUAUGUACAAAGACUGCAAUAAUCUCAAUGGAGACCAUUUAGAAGGCAUUAGUCACACAGAAAGUUUGUGCAACGGAAUUAUACAAGAGACUAUAGAGGCAGAGAGCAGCAAACAAGCUGACCAAACCAACGUCUUGGCAGAAAAUGUUGAACUGAAAAAACAAAUUGAAGCUUAUGCAGAAAAAUUCAGACAGAUGGAAGAGCAACAGCAGAAAGAAAAAGACAUUUAUGUACAACUCUACCAGAAAGGAAUUCAGGCUGCAAAAAUGUUGGAUAGUGAUGAUGUUCAGAGUGUCCACAAGGACGACUCCCAGAGUUCUCUAGUACCUGAUCUUCUGGAAAAGUUGAGAAUCAAACAAGAUGAACUCGACAACUUAAAGGAUAAGGAUUUUGUUUCUCCGUACAAUUUACUGUCCGCCAAGGAGGCGAUAUCGCUUUGGCAGCUUGUUCGGAAGGCAAUGUACCGUAGACUGUUGGAAAGUAGGAAGGAAGCGCCAAAACACGACCCAGAAAUGACGCUACAGUUCCUUAAGUCUGCUUUCUACUACUUCCUCACAGACCGGGAGAACGCAUCAGGCCACCUUGCGGCCAUCGAAAGUAUCCUCGGCUUCUCGGACAAUGAGAAAAUCAAUAUCGAACGAGCUUUUCUUUGGAGAUAAUUUAUAUAACACUUAACCUAUUUAAGAUACCUCAAUACGUUUAAGCAUACCAAUAACGUAAUCGUAUCUUUGUUCAAUAUUUAGUUUACUAUAUGUUUAAGUUUGUUCAGAAUUAGUAAUUAGUUGAAAAAUACUUGCCUUGUUUGAUUUAAAAUGAUUUUAACUGUCCGAUGUUGGUUAAAAUUCAUCGUAACUUUUGUGUAUUGUUUUUUAACGCAGAUUUUACGCAAGCAGUAAACGGAAGACUUUAAAAAUGUGUCUUAAUAUCGAUUGGUGCUUAAAGGUUGUAUUUUAUGCUGCAAAUUUGAUCAAACUUAUUAUUUUACAUUUUAAAUAGAUUUUCAUCAUGGUUUAACCAAGACAAGCUUGUUUUUAUCACGUUUCCCAUCACAAUUUUAAUACUUUUAGUAAAAGACACUGAGUUUUUCCACAUACAAGUGUUUUUGUUGUUUUUUUGUCAUCAUAUCCAUAAUUGUUUGUGAAUUGUGUUCGGUGUGUUAUGUUUUGUAAACAUAAGUUAAUAAGAAGCUAUGCAGUAUUUAGUGCAGAUAAGUACAUUGCAGUAUUAUAGACUGUUAGAGUAAGUUAUUGUGAUAAUUUAAAUGUUACCAACAAUCAUUAGAGGUGAAUGCAGUGAUGUAAUGGCUUAGAUUGAAUAUUUAAUUUCUUUGAAGUAUUUGUGCAAUUGAAUUUAGUUAAAACUAUUUCAAGCAUAAAAUAUGACAAAAUACAGCUUAAUUUUCAGCGGUUUAGAACAAUCACAUAAGAUUUAAUUAUUGUGUUUUUUUCUUUAGUUUAAAGUAGCUAUAAUAAUUUAGCUUUAGUUCAAAUGUUUCAUAUAUCACAAUUUAAAAUAUAUUGAUAUUAAUGUAGAGCUUUUAAGUGAUUGUAAUAUAGUGCAUUUAAUCCUAGUGAGGUCUUGACAAAUUAUGACAUUAUUACAAAAUGUCUCAGACAGAAGUAAAUAGGUACUAAGAGUUUUAGUCUAAGGCAAUACAGGUAAAGCUAGUCAGUAAGUUUGGUUGCAGACUUUUGUAAAUAGCUCUUAAGUGGAAGCGUUCAAUUCAGCUAUUCAAUUUUUACCGGGUGAAGGGAUACGGGUUGGGAAAUUUGCGAUUAUUUUGGUAUCGUCAUUAAAAGACUAAAUAUAGUUUUGGGUAGAUUUUAUUGACAUUUAGUAGAAUUUACGUCUUAGAGAGUAAUUUGUUGUAUGAAAUUAUGGAUUCAAACUCUGUUUUGCAAGACUAUUGUAAAUCCAAUGUGUUAAAUUUUGCAAGUCAGUUCAAAAUCCUAACGACCAUUGCUUCUUGAAAGUAUUUUCCAAUUCAAAACAUUCAAUUCAUACCUUCCCGAGUUAGAUGUAAUUUUUUUAUGUUUUACUAAAUGUGCCAACCUUAAUUUGUGUUCUUUUAGCAAAACUCUCUCUUGACACCUUUUUACAUUGUCUUUAAAACAUUUUUUUUCACUAAAAACAUUCCCUAUUCACUCAAACAAUACAAAUUUUCAUAUCUGUCCACAUAAAAUAUAAUCAGUUUAUAAGCCUUUAUUUUGAUAUUUGUUCAAUGUUCAACACAUUGAAUUUAAUAAGUUAUAAUAAUUUAGAAAAGGUUUGCCUCAUUUAUUAUUAGUUUUUAGUUGUGUUUUAAAUUAUACUCUUACAUAUCUCUCUUGAAAGUUGUAGUUUUUAAGUAAGCUACUUUUCCGCCCUAAUAGAAAAAGUCAAUUUGUUUAUUUAUCCUUCCUUAACUGUUUCCAUUACUCUUGUAUUUUAUAAAAUGUCCUGAGAAUAAAAUGUAGAUUUAGUGAAAUAAACAAUUAAAUAAGCUAUGUGGCAAUAUUGGAGACAGUUUUUUGUGGAAGAUUCUAAAAACAUAGCUGCUGAAUGAGUGUGAAAGUCUUGCGUCCUUUAACUUAAUAACUUUAACUGCAUUCAAUAAUGUGUUUGUCUACAAGACAUAAGGAUCAUAAGUCAUAGCAUUAAGUUCAAGUGUGGCAAAUGUGGUUACAUGAAAUGCUUCACGAAGCAGAGACCUUAGUCGCAUGCUAAAAUAAACUUUGCAACUAAUCUUUGAAAUAGUAUAUUGUUAGUCUUUCAUCUGCUAUGUGAUUUGUAGUUUUAUUUGUGUACGUAAGCCUGAACCAAAGCUGAUCUACUUUUGCAAUAGUUCCUCCUGCAAGGCAACAGUGAUUGUAAUCACACUAAAUAAAUUAUCAUUUGUUACUUGUUUCAAA